GACGUCAGUUUCUCCCGCGCGUAGCGCGGCAUCAGGGCCCACAAGCAUAGAUCUCGCCUUCGGGUAGUUGGCUAUAAAUGUCUGCGACCCCAACACGCUCGCCCACCGUCCCACCUGCCCACUGUCCCGCUCGCCUGCCGUCCCGUUCGCUCCUGCCAGUGGUCGCCUGCCGCCUCGCUCGCUCGCCCGACCGUACGCCUGUUCUUGCUCGGCUACCCGCGCUCGCCUUCUCGCCUGCUCGCACGCAGCUUCUCGCCCGCCUGUCCGCUCUUGCCAUCCCUCACCCGCCUGCCCGAUCUCGCUGUCCACUCUCUCUGCUCUGGAUGGUCAGGUAGGGUCAGGUCAAUCAGAAUCGAGCUCCGCUAGAU